CACGUACGCUUUUUGUUAUCAGAUCACAAGCUAGCACCAAAUUAAAGGAAUCCUUGGAUACCUCAUCAACCAACACUACUCACAUCUCAGAGCCCCCAAAUCAUUCGCUUUCAUUCCUGUCAACAAGAGACUAGAGCGCAGAUAUGGUGACUCAUGCCUUCCUCCUAGCUGCAGCCCUUUUGGCUUUGUCAUGCUUUCAUGCCAUUGCCUCUGAUCCAAGCCUUAUCCAAGACUUCUGCGUUGCCGAUAAGAUGUCUACAGUGCGUAUGAAUGGACUCACAUGCAAGGAUGCAAAGGAUGUUGUUGCCGAGGAUUUCUUCUUCCCGGGUCUUCAAAUGGCUGGCAACACGACCAACAAGCAAGGCUCUGCCGUGACACCAGUGAACGUGGCUCAGAUAGCCGGGCUCAACACCCUGGGCAUCUCUCUUGCUCGCAUCGACUAUGCACCCUAUGGUCUUAACCCUCCUCACACACAUCCACGGGCCACUGAGAUAUUGACAGUGCUUGAGGGCUCCUUGUACGUCGGCUUUGUCACAUCAAACCCAGACAACAAGCUGUUCGCAAAGGUUAUUAACAAAGGGGAUGUGUUCGUGUUUCCUGAGGGAUUGAUCCAUUUCCAGUUCAAUUAUGGAGCAAACUGCGCCGUGGCCCUUGCAGCAUUGAGUAGCCAAAACCCUGGGGUGAUCACAGUGGCCAACGCUGUAUUUGGGUCCAAGCCAUCCAUCUCCGACGACGUCCUUGCCAAGGCUUUUCAAGUCGACAAGCUAACUGUUGACCGCAUCCAAGCUCAAUUCUAAGCACAUGCAAACAUACAUACUAGUUUGUUAAAUAUGUACGCAUCGAGUAUUCCUUGAUUCUUUGUUUUUCUUCUGUUGUUUAAAGUAAUUAUCUAGUGUGGAUGGAUACGUACGAUUCUGUCUUAUAAUAAAAGGUAAUAUGUUACUAUCCAUUUGUUUCUUAACUGAAAAUAAU